AUGUCCACAGCUAAUACAGCUGAUAUAGAUCCAGCAGAGACACCUGCAGCUUCAGUGUCAAAGACUGCUGCCAACACUAACAAGUCAAACAACAACCACAACAACAACAAUAAGAACAACAAGGAUUCAAACAAGGACUCAAAGUCAAAGUUAAAGAACAUUGAUUGUUAUAAGAGAAUGAACUACCUUUAUCAAGCUGCUCAUCUGAUGAUGAACCCUCAAACUAAAGUCAUUGAUUCGACAUCAGAGCCAGUUGAGUCUAUUGAGAAUCAACAACAGUCAACAACUCAAACCCAACAACAGCCACCCAACCAAGUCCUAGCGAGCUUCUAUUGCAAUGUUGUACAUCAGAUAUCAAGAAGAGCUGUGAUCAGAGUCAAUUCCUCAAUCAAACGUACAGUGUGCAAGGGUUGCUCAUCCCUGCUCAUCCCAGGAGUCUCAUCAACAGUUCGUCUGAAAGAUAACAGAGAGACACAUGUUAUGAUCAAGUGUAAUCAAUGUGACAAGGUGAAGCGAUUCCAGACGAACAAGAAUAGAGAAAAGAAUGCAAGAAGGAAGCAGAAGAAUAAGUUAGAUAAGGAAAGAGCAUUGGCAAAGGAGUCAUCAUCAUCAUAG